GCGCACCAGCCGCUACAUCCGGGUUCUCUCCUCGAGUAUACAACAAGCCCUGCGAAGAUGGCGACUUCAGGGAGGAGUGCGUUAUUAUCCUCCACCUCGACUGGAUCUAAGAGCACGCUGGAGAACUGUAACCCCGAGGAGGAUGACGGACAGGACUUGUGGUCCACCAUCCUGAGUGAAGUGUCAACCCAUUCACGAUCUAAGCUACCGGCGGGGAAAAAUGUCCUGGUCAUGGGUGAGGUGGGUUCGGGGAAGACCGCCAUGGUUGCAAAGCUUCAGGGGGUCGAAGAGUUCAUGAAAGGGCGUGGCCUGGAAUACCUCUACUUCAGUGUCCAUGACGACGACAUUGAUGACCAAACCAGGUGUAACGCCUGGGUGCUGGACGGAGACCUUUACCACAAGGGUCUGCAGGGAGUAGCUGUACCUGUGGACUCGAUCAGCAACACGUUACUGCUGAUAACGGUGGACAUGUCGCGGCCAUGGAAUGCCCUGGACUCGCUCCAGAAGUGGGCCGCCGUUGCUAGGGAACACAUCGACAAACUCCGGGUCGCCCCAGAAACACUGCGGGAGCUGGAGCACAGACUUGUAAAACAGUUCCAGGAGUACACAGAGCCAGGAAGCGGAGAUGAUGGAACCCCACAGAGGAGGAGUGAUGAGGAGGAGAGUGUACUGCUGCCGUUAGGAGACAACACACUGACACACAACCUGGGAAUACCCGUGGUGGUGGUCUGCACCAAGUGUGACGCCAUCAGCACGUUGGAGAAGGAGCACGACUACAGAGACGAACACCUGGACCUCAUCCAGUCUCACAUCAGACGUUUCUGUCUGCAGUACGGAGCAUCCCUGGUUUAUACAUCAGUGAAGGAGAUGAAGAACCUGGACAUCCUGUACAAAUAUCUGGUCCACCGACUCUACGGCUUUCCAUUUCACUGCCCGGCACAAGUGGUGGAGAGAGAUGCUGUCUUCAUCCCGUCCGGUUGGGACAAUGAGAAGAAGAUUGCCAUACUUCACGAGAACUUCCAGACAGUAAAAGCAGACGACAUCUUUGAGGAAGUAAUAGUCAAACCACCAGUCAGAAAGGUUGUGCAUGAAAAAGAGAUUCAGGCAGAGGAUGACCAAGUGUUUCUGGUAAAACUCCAGUCGCUGCUCGCCAAACAGCCCGCUGUGACAGCAGGGCGACCAGUGGACACCACCAGUAGAGCACCAACCGGCUCGCCCAGGACCAGUAAUCGCUCCGCAGCGGCCAACGUAGCAAACGCAAUGCCACAGUCGGGUCAAACCAGUGAAGGUGUGUUGGCGAACUUCUUCAACAGUCUACUGACAAAGAAAGCUGGAACAGGGGGGCCCGGGACACCAGGUGGCGGUAACAACACUCCAGGAACAGUACGCAAGUCGGGGUCCAAGCUGGGACUGAGCGACGUACAGGCCGAGCUGGACCGCAUAUCCAGCAGGGAGACCGACUCAGACUUGCCCAAUGCCAACGACGCCCCUGCCACCGACGGCCAGGACACAUGAAGACCAACACACUUUUCCCCCCUUGCGCUCUUUCUCCCCCGCCCCGCUCCACCCCUUUCCACCUAAAGUCACCUUCCUCCUCCGUUGUUCUUCCUCCCUCCACUCCGUUACAGAGAUGCGGGGAGAAGGAGAGAUGGAGGCACACGACCUUUCCUCUCCAUCCUCUUUCACUUUCUCUCCAAGGAGAAUAACUCCCUCUCUUCCCCCCCUACCGCUUUUCCAGCACCAUGACAACCCCAUCCCCCUCCUCCCCCCCUACACACCUCCGGCCCGCUCUCCUCUCCUCCUCGCCAUUGCUGGCGAGCAUUUGUCACUGUUGCAUUCAGGACUGUCUGUUACAUGAGGGUGAACAGGUACGGGGGACCAGUUGGGGUGCGGAGGUCGAGGUGAGAGGGAGUGAGAGGCGUGUUGAAAAAGAUUGAUUACAGGAAUGAAUGAGCGGGAGUUCUAUCCAUCUAUUUCUUGUGAUGGUGAAGUUGGUGUUUUUACAGUAGGAACUGCUGAAGGGUGCACGACCCUUCUGUUCACUAUAGGGAUGAUUUUGUGUUUAAUGUACGUGGGGGCAAGUCACACUUGGCCAGAGGAAGAGACUGAGAACAACAAAAAAUGCCUGAAAUAAAAUAGCCGACAGUCAUGUUUUUUUAAAACGAAGGGACAAACAUACCAGUAUUUGUGUCUGUGUGUGAGACCGUGUGUGUGUGUGUGUGUGUGUGUGUGAGAGAGAGAGAGCGAUAACGAGGCAGAUAGAGAGACUGAAAGGAAGUUACUUCAACCUAGACCUGUAUGGAGUUUUUUGGCUGUUUGCAUUUAAACCGAAAGGCAGAAACCUGACUAUGCUCUUACACUACACGCUGUUAAACCAGCGCAUACACUACGAUUGGAGCAGCACCACUCGAGCCAAACAUGACAAAGGGAAAUACACUUCAGAUCAAGGUUCAAACUCACGCAUUAGUCCGGUGUAGAGGACACCCCCCUGUCCAUCAUGGCGCCCACUUCUACAGUCGGCCGAACUUCACAAACAUCAUGGACGCUGCUCAAACUGUAGAUAACAGACCGAAAAGGGGAGAGCGGUAGAAGGGGGAGGGAAGGUGGGUAGCUGCGCUUUACUUGCACAGAAAGAAGCACUAGUGAUUCAGUCCUAUAGUUGCUGCGGGCGGGAAAGGGAGUCAGAACAACGGUGGGUCACAUCAAGAAUGUACAGUCAUUGUCUCGCUGAUUGGUCCUGUUAUUUCAGAGCUCUGUGUGGCCAUUUGUAUAAUCAGUUCUGUUAAUCAGUCAAAUAAAAGGUGUAUUUAUUCGGAUUCAUCCA